AUGACAGAUGUCAAUCGUGUCGUCGUGCCCGCGACUUACACCAACCCACCCGACAGCCAUGUGCGCAUCACCAACCAUCCAGAGACAGCUGACGGCGUCACCCCCAUCCUCGUGGCGGUCCUGAACCGGCCCGACAAGCUCAACGCCAUCACGGAUGGAAUGAUUCAAGACCUCGUCGCCUUGUUCCGCUCCGUAGACGUCGACGACCGCGUCAAGGCCGUCGUGCUCACCGGCACAGGCAAGGCCUUCAGCGCCGGCAUCGACCUCACCAUGGACACGAGCCAAAUGAAGGACCGCGAGUCGGUGGGCGAGAUGCGCGACCCGGGAGGUACCUUGGCGCUCGCCAUGUUCAACUGCAGCAAGCCCAUCAUCGUAGCCUACAACGGGCUCGCGGUAGGCAUAGGCCUGACAUCCACCCUUGCAGCAACGAUUCGCAUCGCACCUCGGACUGCGGAAUUUGGAUUUCCGUUUUCGCGAAUAGGCCUCACCAUGGAGUCGGCAAGCUCCUUCUUCCUCCCCCGCAUGGUCGGGUACAGCAACGCGACGUAUCUCCUGGCGACAGGCAAGAGAUAUCCCGCCGACUCGCCCGCAUUGAACGGCGUCUUUGCAGAGCUUUUGCCCGAGCCGAAGGAUGUCUUCCCCCGAGCCCUUGAGCUGGCUGAGGAUCUCAUCACCAACGUGAGCCUCAUGGCCAUCUUUCUGAAUCGACAGCUCAUUUGGAGGAAUCCCGGGUCGGCGGAACGCGCCCACCUAGUCGAUAGUCCUCUUUUGUAUGACAUGUUUGGUGGAAACGAUCAUCUCGCGUUCAAGAAGGCUUUUUUCAAAAAGCGCAAGCCCGAGUUCAAAGACAGCAUCGUGGCGAAUGCGCCUCGGACAUAUCCUUGGUGGGACGAAUUGUCCGUGCAGACCCGGGCCAAGGCAGACAGCCGGGGCUCCAGCAAGCUGUGA